GGGGUCCUUUUCGUUUGACCAAAUCUUGUGCUUGUUACUUUUUUCUUUGGUUUCCUUUAUCAAGGCAGAUAAGUUAGCAUUGGGCAACACCCCCACUACCACAAUAGAGGACAACAAGAUUUCCUUUGCACUGCCUAGUAAAUUUCCUUUUUCCUACUCCAACCAUCCGCAAGGCUUAAAAACUUCAAACUCAGAAAAAAGUUGGGGUUUCUAAAUUCACGGUUGAGGGCUGUGGAUGACUUUUGCAAAAGCUUUUCAGCACGCGUCCGAAUUUUCCUAUUCUUUUAACUGUCUCUAGCGGUGCCCGGAGGGGCCUCCGCUGGAAGGCAAUGGACUUGGCGAGGUUGGAGGGCAGGGUCGGAGGAAAAGAUGGGCUUGGAAAUGUUGAACUUUCGGAUGUUCUCGAAGGCCUCCAUAGCAUCAGGGAUGCCAGCUGGUCCCUGUGGAAGUGAAGCAAGUGGCUGUCUGUCGGUCGUGGGACCUGCCAAUGUUGCCUUGAUUUUGUGGAACCUUCAGGCUGAGCACGGGGCGUUCUCAUAACUCGCAUGGUGGUAAUUCGGUGUGUUUGGUUAUGUAUUUAUCUUUAAUAAAGUACCUACUUCUCGGAGCACUGUGAGUAGACUUUCUUCCCCGUGAUGGUUGCCUUGUGGGAACUGCCUGUCUGUUCUCUGUGCGCUGGGGCGUGUGGUCUGAUGUGUUGUUUUUCUUGCAGACGUUUCUGGUAAGUAGCAUAGAGAGAUGAAGGUGGAGGUGAAUCUGUGGAGGUGAAAAUACAAAUGUGGCCUCAUUCCUGGUGGUGAAGCCAAUUGGACGCUUGGUCGGCAGCAUAAGAGUCCACGAAGUGGCCUGUUAACAGUAUUUUCAAGGCCAGAUUGGUGACAUUUGUAGAAAUGAGAAAAAAAAUGAGCAGCAAAAUCAGAUAUUGAAAAGAGGAAAAAGAAAGUUUUCUUGGUUGCAUGUCUUUAGUUUUGCUGCAUGAAGGUGAAAAGCAUUUGGCUGUGUUUUCAUCAAGGGUUAUAGUUAAUUGGAAAGCUCAUGAAUAUGGAGGUUGCUCAGAAUUGGACCAUGACAAUGUUUAAAAAUCCUUCUUGAUUUGGAAUUUGAAAUGUUUGUGUGAGAGGAUUUAAUUAAUACUUACUGUAUACACUGUGUUUCAGAAGUUCUGUUCAGUCUUUAUUUCUCAAGAUAUGUUUCGUUUUUCAAGGUAUGGUCAAUAAUAUCUGAAAAAUUCAUCAUCAAUGUAUGAUUUAAAGACUUUAAUCUUACAGAGAUUUUUCUUUCUUUGGCUAUAAGGAUUGAAAGUCUCCUGAAAUAUAAUGAUGUAGAAAGAAAUCUUAAGAUCUAGGGUUUGACAUGCUCUACUUUCAGCAAUAUGAGCAGAAAUUGUUUGAUUUUAUAACCUCAAAUGCUACCUUUUUAAUUCUUAUUUUCACCCUUUUUCAUGUCCAUAUUUCAUAGCAGCUGAGUCUAAUGUUCUUUGUAAAUUUUGAAUAGCUUGGGUACAGUUAUGUGUGUGUGUUUCAGAAAAUCAGUGUAUCAAAGGACAUUGAAGUAACAGUCCAUCUUUUAGAGUGUGGGGUGUGUUUUGCAUACAAUACAAAUGUGUGAUUGUUUAAAGUAUACAUUUCUAAGAGAUGAAGAUAUUUUCAAAGCUUCAAUGUCUUUGUGAUUUUUCACAAUGAAUUUUGGCAACAGUUACACUUAUCCAGGACAUUCUGCUUAUUUUAACGUUUGAUUACACUGCAUUCUCUGUAUAUUGUCUAUAGCUUAAGUAAACUUUCAAAAUGACUUUGAGUGGACCCUUUUUAAUCCUCUGUUAAAAUAAAAUAGACCCUCUUUAUAGGUAACUUCCUUUAAGACAUGUUCUGCUAGGCUUCCUGGGUAAAGUAAUGAGAUGAUUUUACAAACUUGUUUACAGAGUGGAAAAAAGGCGGCCCGAGUCUGUUGACUACAGCUUUAAUCAUGUUAGUGCAAAGCUCAAAUUAGCAUAGGGAACAUUACGGCCGUGGCUGUCUGUUGGAAUUAGGAAACAGUUUGUCAUGUGGGCAAUUGCCAGUCCCAAAUGCUCUCUGCUUUUUGUUGUUUCAGUAAAUAAAAUCAAUUAGUUGAUCAGGUAUCAGAUGCACAGAAUUGAAGUUGUUCCUCUGUGUCUGAGUGGAUUUCUUUUUUUUUUUUUUUUUUUUUUUGGCGGCUUGAAUAAGACCCUAUGAGGCACUUUGAAAAGCUCAGUGUUUGUAUCCUGUCUUUAUGAUCCUCAGCCCCACUUUCCCUUCAUAUUUUGGAAAUGGGAACAGAGUGUUUCCAUGGGAAUUUUAAAAGAAUUUUGGGAGUUUAUGUCCAUUUCUGCUUAAAGGUCCGGGAAUUUUAAGAUCAGAUUAAGAGCUCUAAUAGAAACAUAUAGAAGCAUCAAAACUGAAGCCCUUACAUGCAAUUCCUGAGUCAGUUUUGGUGCUUCCAGGGCUUCUGAGCCACCCGACAAUACUGGGGGUCCUUAACACGCCCUUCCUGCCUUCUCUACAAGACAGCACUGCCUUUGCUUACUGACUCCAAGGAGCUAGUUGUUAGCCUUGGAACUUGAUUUUGCUUCAGUUAGGAUUUUUUAAUCCAGUCUCCCAAAGACUUUGCUGAUCCUUUGUUAUGCCUUGGGCCACUGGGGAGUCCAAUGAAGCCUGCAGUCGAUUCUCAGGAUAAUGCUUUUAAGUGCAGGAAAGGCCAUACACAGAGUGACAGGGGAAGCAAUUCUAUUGUAAUCCACUUCUGUCCUUGGGUGGUCCAGGGAGCCACAGGUUACAGCCCCCGAUCCUAGAGUGUAAAAGGUCUUUAGUCUUUCAGGAGGAGUUGUGGGGACUUUCCUUUAUCACCCGUGUGGCAACUAGUGGCCCAGUUGCAGCUGUGAGUGGAGACCAUCUUGGAAUCAGACAGGAGAUGGAAAGUUCCUAGCAAGGCUUGUGGAGGGAGAAGGCGACUCCUGUCCCUGAAGCGUUAUCAGUCGUGAGCGAGGACCAGUCACUGUUUGAGUGCGCCUACGGCACGCCGCACCUGCCCAAGACGGACAUGACCGCGUCCUCCUCCGGCGACUAUGGACAGACAUCCAAGAUGAGCCCGCGCGUCCCUCAGCAGGACUGGCUGUCUCAACCCCCAGCCAGGGUCACCAUCAAGAUGGAAUGUAACCCUAACCAGGUGAACGGCUCAAGGAACUCCCCUGAUGAGUGCAGCAUGGCCAAAGGUGGGAAGAUGGUGGGCAGCCCGGACACCGUCGGGAUGAACUACAGCAGCUACAUGGAGGAGAAGCACAUGCCACCCCCAAACAUGACCACCAACGAGCGCCGCGUCAUCGUCCCCGCAGAUCCCACGCUAUGGAGUACAGACCAUGUCCGGCAGUGGCUGGAGUGGGCAGUCAAAGAAUACGGGCUUCCGGACGUUGACAUCUUAUUAUUCCAGAAUAUCGACGGGAAGGAGCUGUGCAAGAUGACCAAAGAUGACUUCCAGAGGCUCACCCCGAGCUACAACGCUGACAUCCUUCUGUCGCACCUCCACUACCUCAGAGAGACACCUCUUCCACAUUUGACUUCAGAUGAUGUUGAUAAAGCCUUACAAAACUCUCCACGGUUAAUGCAUGCUAGAAACACAGGGGGUGCAGCUUUUAUUUUCCCAAAUACUUCAGUAUAUCCCGAAGCUACGCAAAGAAUUACAACUAGGCCAGAUUUACCUUAUGAACCACCCAGGAGAUCCGCCUGGACCAGCCAUGGCCACCCCGCCCCCCAGUCGAAAGCUGCUCAGCCGUCUCCUUCCACAGUGCCCAAAACUGAAGACCAGCGUCCUCAGCUAGAUCCUUACCAGAUUCUUGGACCCACAAGUAGCCGCCUUGCGAAUCCAGGGAGCGGGCAGAUCCAGCUUUGGCAGUUCCUGCUGGAGCUUCUGUCUGACAGCUCAAAUUCCAACUGCAUCACCUGGGAGGGCACCAACGGGGAGUUCAAGAUGACCGACCCGGACGAGGUGGCACGGCGCUGGGGGGAGCGGAAGAGCAAGCCCAACAUGAACUAUGACAAGCUCAGCCGGGCCCUCCGCUACUACUACGACAAGAACAUCAUGACCAAAGUCCACGGGAAGCGCUAUGCCUACAAGUUUGACUUCCACGGGAUCGCCCAGGCCCUGCAGCCCCACCCCCCGGAGUCCUCUCUGUACAAGUACCCCUCGGACCUCCCCUACAUGGGCUCCUAUCACGCCCACCCGCAGAAGAUGAACUUUGUCGCCCCCCACCCUCCGGCCCUCCCCGUGACGUCAUCCAGUUUUUUCGCCGCCCCGAACCCAUACUGGAAUUCACCCACGGGGGGGAUCUACCCCAGCGCUAGGCUCCCAGCCAGCCAUAUGCCUUCGCAUCUGGGCACUUACUACUAAAGCCCCCGAGAGAGGCCUUUCCCAGCACCUGUGUAGACACCCAUCCAUUACUACAAACUCUUAUCCGAGACCAUGAAUCAGAAGUGCCUCAAGGGAAAUGCGAAAGCUCGACUGGGGCAGGGGGAGAGAUCCAGAGACUCUGAGUGGGAGGGACUUACUAAACCAUGACUACAGAGAUAAAAAGGAUGCUACCUGUGUACCUGGACAGGUAAUCUGUGGACCGACCUUGUAAAAGACAUUGCAAGUAGAAGCGUGACGUCAUAAGGACAAAGUGCCAAAGAAAACAUUCAGAAGACGUGUAUAAACCUUUAGAGUAGUCUUUGGGAGUCCUGCUAGUGCAUUAAGCGGGGAUUAAACUCAAGCAAUAGAUACCACACAGUCUGGACCUAACAUGCCAUUUCUAAUGUCAUUGGAAGGAAAACUACCUGUAUUUAAAAAGAGAAACAUAUCAAACACAGAAAAGAGAGGAGAGGGAGACUAUGGUAGCCCAUCGAUGGACACUGUUAACGGAACUCAUCAGCAUCUGCUGUCUUGGGUGAAACCAGAUUCUUAGAACAACCCGAGGCUUCCAACUCCUUGACGAUAAGACGGGAACUCUGUGUCACAGGGUGGGACUGAGCAUGUGUGUGGAGAGGGCACGUGGGUGUGGAUGGAGGAGGCGGGAGAGGAGGAAACGGGAAGGAGGAGGGAAGGACUGGGAAGGGAGCUUCUUGAGCCGUGAAGACUGGACUUGGGAUGGUGUCGGUUCUUCGGAGAGCUGAGCCGUGGAGAUGUGAGGCUUCCUGCGGUCAGUGUUGUACCAAAUCCAGUGUUAGGAAGACGGACACAGCGUGAUGGGGGCGGGGCACGGACGGUAGGAGAACGCAGAAACAAAAUCAUGCAUCUCUUUUUGUCUUGUUUUGUUUGUUUAUCAAAAGAAAAACCGUAACUGGAAUUGUCUGAUAUUUAAAAAGAAACAUUCAGGACCUCAUCCUUAGGCGGGGGUGCUCUGCUCUCCACGGGGUCAGGUAAGCGCUAGCCUUCUCGGCUACCCCAGUCUGAAAUCGCCUGGGUGUCCGGGGCGAGGCAGCCUCCAGUUUUCCUUUUGAGUCGCGAACGCUGUGCGUUUGUCAGAAUGAAGUAUGCAAGUCAGUGGUUUGUUUUUUUGUUUUUGUUUUUUCCUUUUUAUAUAAUAAUUAUAUAACUUAUGCAUUUAUACACUACGAGUUGAUCUCGGCCAGCCAAAGAUACACGACACAAGAGACAAUCAAUGAUCUAAUGUGGCCUUGAACUUUAACUCUGUAUGCUUAAUGUUUACAAUAUGAAGUUACUAGUUCUUAGAAUGCAGAAUGUAUGUAAUAAAAUAAGCUUGGCCUAGCAUGGCAAAUCAGAUUUA